AUGACCAGCUCUAGUGCAUUGCCCACUUCGAAAAGAACCAGCUUCUUUGGCAAUUAUCGAGACACAAAAUCAUUGCGUUCAAAUAAUAAGUUGAAAAGAAAUUCGCUCUCAAAAUCAUCUAAUGGCGUAACUCCUUCAAAGUCUGAACCAAAUGAUGAAUCAUCAAUAAAUCAAUCAAUUAGAACUACUACUCUCUUUGGAUCGUCUCUCGUUGAUGCUCAAAAAUUAUCCGCAUCACAUUUUACUGUUGAAUACCAAGAUGACUAUUUCCUUUCACUUGUUAUCCCAUCAAUUGUCAACAACUCUAUUGAUUAUUUAAAUAAGAAUAAUUGUUUGGAUAAGGAAGGUGUUUUCAGAGUUGGAGGAAACCUUAAAAGAAUCAAGGGUUUGCAGGAGACAUUUAACCACAACCCAUCAUUUGACUAUUCUCCAGAGGAAACCAAGGAAUUGAAUGUUUAUGAUGUCGCUACAUUAUUGAAAAGAUACUUGAAUGCUUUACCUGAUUCUAUUGUUCCUUCAGAUGUGUCAAGAGAAAUAAAACAAGAGUUGGAAAACGUUGGCUAUAAAGAUUUGUUGAUUUUUUCUCAAUCAGCAAAUGAAUCGAUAUCUUUUAAAAUAGACUGUCUAAAUGAUGUGACUAGCACUGCUGAUACAGAUUUGAAACUCUCAAAGUCUAGGGAAUCAAGUGAGUUAGAUCUGUUUGACGAUUCCAGAAAAAAUAGAGCCGUUCUAGUUGUCGAUGUGGAUCCAGAAAAAGACCAACCAUCACCCGAAUAUGGCCCAGGCCCUUCUGGCGCUAAAUCAGUGUCAGUAGUCGACAAUAAUGAUGCCUCUAAAAAAGGCACAUCUGCUGAUAAAAUCGAUACACCUCAUUCAAGUCCAAUAAUUCACAACCGGAAAAGGUCUCUUAAUAGCAAUGAUGCUUUGUUAAAGAACAUCAAUACUGGACGUCCAAUGCCUUUAAACUUCAGAAAGCACUCUUUGAUGUCUGUACUUUCUCUCUCUGAUUCGGCAGCUGAUUCAAGAAGUAUGAACUCAACAACUGGCAACAAUAUCAAUAGAUACAGCAAUAUACCUGAUACGAAAGAAUUACCAGAGCUGGUGAAAUCUGCAGUUUACAAUUUUCUUGAUUUUUUUAUUCCGGUAUUGGUCAACGACUUGAAUACCGUAAAUUUGGACUUGUUGAUUUUCAUGCUUCGAUUUUUAUCAUUGCUUUCAGCCAACUUUGAAAAAACAAAAAUGAACUCAUUUAAUUUAUCAAAAAUUUUCCAAACCUGUUUCUUUUUAAACGUCCAGCUAAGUGGUAACAUUGAUAUUCUCAAUGGUGGUUCUAAUGGUACUUCUCCCGGAGUUAGUAAUCCAAAUAGGUUGAGUGUUUCUAUAAAUGCAAACCAAACUUAUCAGGUGGCCAACCCUAAUAACAAGCUACAACCUACUUUUACAAGAAACAGUAUUAUCAGCACAAAUAGUGGAUUCAGUGGAUUAGCUUCAAGGUUUUACAACAACCCCGACAAUGGUACUUCUACAUCCGUUAAUAAUAAUAACCUCACUGUUCAAACAGGGCCAGAACACGAUAAUUUUUCUCUUGAAAGUUUUAACUCUGUUAAUGUCGAUUACAAUGUCAACCAAUUGGUAUUGAAGAUCCUCAUUGACAAUUAUGCAAUAUUGAUGGAUAACUUGUUCAAAUAUAUUGUUUUGGAUAAUGCAACUGUUAACCAGAGACUUUUUAAAACAAAUGAAGAAAUUGAGAAGCUGGAUCCGUUGAACUUUUACUCUUCUUCCUUAAUGGAUGCUACGGGUGGCAGUAAGUCUCCUAAUGGUGGUCAAAGCUUCCUGGGGACGGGAAUUCAUUCAAUCCCACCACUAAAAGAUCCAUCAGUGAUCCAGAAGAACAACCCUACUAAUAUUAAUACCAAAGCUAAUGGUAAUUUUAAUUCAAAUAAAUCCAGAUUUGCGAAAGGGGAGGGAUCUCACAGCCAUAAAGCACGCAGAUUCAUUAACAGCCCAAUUAGCGAGAAAUCCCAUUUCAAUUCGAACUCUCUCAAUUCCUCGAUGCUGUCAGAUAAUAGCGCCAAAGAAUUCAACAUGGUAGACUUGGGCUCCUCUAAUGUGAGAUCAGAUGAUGCUACAACCCAAAGAGAGAUAGACAAUGAUGAUAGCUCUAAAGGAAAAGGUGGUAAAAAGAAGAAGAAGCUGAUCUUCUCGUUCUUACUGAAAAAAAGUAAAAAAAAAGCAAUGAAAAGGAAUGGCGAUUUCAACUUUACUAAAGCCGAGGAGGAGAGCCAAAGAGCUGGAGAACAACAAGAAAGUAACCAAGAGCAGCUAAACAACGAAGUGGAACCAUAUAAUAAUAACAAUAUGAAGAAUCCAAUGCUCGAAGAACCUCCUAAAAUUAUUAUUAGACCAAGUACCGCUAAUGAGGAGGAAGUUUCAUCAACUAAAGAAGUAGUGCCAAACACUUUGAAGUCUGAAAAAAUAGAAUCUGAAACUGAAGUGAAAUAUCAAGAGUUGAGUGAUCAAAAAUCACAGAUUGAGCCAGUUAAUGAGGGGAAUGAUACACUUGAAAUUAAAAAGACUAAUAAUGCAGACGAUACGAUUGUGAUAUCUAAUAAAGCCGAUGACACUAUAGAAGUGGCUCAAUAUGAAGAACUCUCUGCCAAUGAUGGCAAGGAAAACAAUUCAAAAGAUGUCUUGACAAAUGUUGAAGAGAAAAUUGACCAAGACCAACUAACAUCUGCUAAGCCAGUUACGACGAGCAGUGAAGAUAGUAUUAAAACUGAAGACAAUGGUGGAAAAAUUGAAAACGAAAAACCUAAUAAAAAGGAUGAAGCCGAAAGUGCUGCUGGUUCACCAAUCAAGGUUCGUGGUGAAGCAUCCACAGAAUUAUCUACCCAACUGUUAAAUAUCGAAGCCCCUCAACAUGACAGCUGCAGUAAUAUAAUAGAAGUACCACCUGCUCUUGCAGAACCAAGUGGGCUCCCUGAUUCCAAUGACGGCCAAAAAUAUACCUCCAGUGCAAGCGCCCCACCUCCAGACUUACCAGAGACUUCAGAAAUGAGUCUCAAUAAACCAUCAUCCAAUAACACUAUCAACUCCAUCAAACACCAAAUCCAAAAAUCUAACGCGACCUUGUCGGAAGCAUCUAUUGUUCAACAAGAACUAAUGAUCAAAUCUGACCAUGAUCAGCUUAACGACUUACAAUCUCCAAUUCAAGAGGUUGCUGAAGAACACGAGCAAGACCUCGCGAAAAUUCCAGUUUCUGCGAAAAUCGUUAGCGCUACAGGGUCAAUCAAAUCACCAACUGUCCCUUCUCAGCCAGUCUCAUCAGCUAAUGGCAUUAUUGCCAAAGACCAAAACAAAAUGUUGAAAAGGAAAACGUCGAUGGCCAGUUUCUUCAGAUCUCGGAAAUCUUCUGUUGACACCGAAUCUUUCUCGAAGCCUCGCAAAACCAUGAGCUUGAAUUUCAGCAGAUCGAAUUCUACCUUGGGCAAUAAUUUUCAAGCUCACGGGAGUGAUGCAUCGUUGAGCUCUAGCUCUGUAAAGCUUAAUGAGUUGCAAACAAAGGAUCAAUUAACGAAUCCAAGUGGUAUUGUGACCAAGAGAGGAUUCUCGCUGCUUUUCAAACGUCAUGGUGAGAAAUCAAAAGUGGUUGGAAGUUCAGAUGCUUGA